AUGGGCGAGUGCCAGGCUGAGAUAGCCGUUAAGACUAGGCUGCCUCCAUGCUGUCUUCGAAUUAUUGAUAAUCAGUUUGUUUUGGUGGGUACAUACCGUUUAGACGCAGAAAGUGGUUACAGGACGGGAAGUUUGGAACUAUAUGAUGAGAAUCUUGUGCUUUUAAAGUCGUAUGAAACGUACGGUGCUAUAUUGGAUGUGAAGCUGUCUCCUUUUGACAGCAAGCUGGCCGCCACGGCUCACUCAACCGGUAACGUUACGCUGUGGAGGAUCCUGGCGGCGGAGAGUGGUGACAUACCGACCCUGCAGGAGAUUGCGAACUUGCAGCUGUUUGAUACAGACACAUUGAUCACAUCUCUGCACUUUUCUUCGUUGGAUCCCGUAUUGCUUCUCGUGACGGGUACUUCUGGAGAAGCAGCGACUGUGGAUAUAGUGAAGAAGCAGCCGAUAUCGAAAUUUAGUAGGCUGGAAGAUGCUUACACUAGUGUUGAAGAAUCGGUAGUUGCAGUUCAGGGAUGUUCGCAACGGGUUGUAAACAAAGAGCCGCAGCUUUUAACAGAACAGCAUUCGCUGGAGUGCUGGACCGGCGAAUUUGGAAGUUUGCAGCCUCUACAGGACGUAGUAUUCACCGGCGGCGAUGACGCUACCAUAAUGGCCCACGACAUGCGGUCGCGAGGGCUGAUUUGGUCGAACAGCAGGAUUCAUGACGCCGGCGUUGUGGCCAUCAAGUGUAGCACGGCCAAUUUCCGUCAGGCACGUCCCACUUCGAUUGUCACCGGGUCGUACGAUGACUGCAUACGGUUGCUUGAAUUGAGGAUGCUGGGUGGGCAAUCGAUAUAUCCAGGACAGAAUACCCCAGUGGCCAAGUUUUGGAGCGAAAACUUGAAUGGUGGCGUCUGGAGGUUCUGCGAGCGCCCCGAAGCAAUUGGUGGUGCUCCGGGGGUUGAUGAACUUCUCGUUUGCUGCAUGUAUAAUGGUGCGAAGCUAAUAGGCCUGGAUGACCGCAAGAUGCAGCAGGAUUUCUCCUUCACUGAGCUAAGUUACCUGAAACAGGGCCAUGAUUCGAUGUGCUACGGCGGUGACUGGUGUGAGAAUUUUGUUGUCACUUGCUCAUUUUACGAUAAUUCACUACAAAAGUGGCAUCCUGACAGAUCAGACCUGAUUCUAUAG